AUGGAGGAUAACAUGGAGGAGUUAGCGAGCUCCGGCGGUCCCCCGAAAAAACCAUACUUAAAGAAGCUGCUGACGAGUCCUCCAGCAAACGAGGACUUGCUUGAUGAACUGUUCAGAGGGUACACUGUGGAUGGCACCACAGCCUUUGUGCAUGGUGAUGAUUAUGGUGACAAUGAGGGGCAAGAUGCAAGGACAGAAGAUGAAGAAGAAGAAGAGUUUGCACAAACACCUACAAGUAGAAGCAGCCAGAGGAGCCAAAGGGGCAAGAGGGCAUUGAACAGCACUACAAGCACUUUGACCAGUCCAGUGAAGAGGAGCAAGAGCCCAAUGGUGAAGAUUGUGAAGGACAUAGCCAGUACCUUCAAAGAAUCUGUCGUAGCCAACACUAAGCAAAUCCAGAAACGUGCAAAUGACAAGGCUGCAUUUUCUGUCAAGAGGUGUCAGGAGCUGGCAUUUGAGUGUGGCGUUGAGAAAACCGUUGACUAUGUCUAUGCUAUGUCCAAGAUGUUCGAAACUAAGUACCAAAGGGAGUUCUUCUGUGGCUAG